UAACAUGGAAACUCGAAAGAGACAUUUUGCCGUUGCUGUUUUUCUGGGGUUAAUCGCACAAGCCCUCUGCCAAAAGUUGGAGCAAACGACGUUGGAUUACAUCGCAGCCAACCUUGGCAUUCGCUAUGAUGUCAUCGACAACUUUCAAGAUACAUGGAAGUCAUACCGCGUUCGCAUGACCCUGGAAAACUCAGGUUCUGAAGCAAUUCCCAAUGGACCAUGGGCUAUAUAUCUCUGCCACAUCCGGAUAAUUGAACCAGCUCACACAAAGCACAAUCCAAGUGGCUACCUUAUCCCUGGUGGUCACGGCAUCAAAGUAACGCAUAUAAAUGGCUGUCAACACAAGUUUGAACCAACUGCCAGCUUCCCGGGUUUGGCUAGUUUCCAAUCCUUGAUAGUGGAUUUCGACGCGGAGAACUGGAACGUAGCACGAACGGAUGUUAUGCCGAACUGGUAUAUCGCCGCUGAAGGAUUGCAGGCCCGCACAAUCACCAGUACUUCCGGCGAAGAUUUAUCUUUUGUCGGUCCGUUUAACUCGCCGAAAAAAUGGAAACGGAUUCCAUCUGACAAAUACAACCCGUACACACCCCAAAAGCGAUACACCAUGAACGACAUUAACAAUUUAAAAAAGCCUGGGCAGUUAAUUAUUCCCAGACCACAGGAGAUUCUCGGCCUUGAUGAGACGAAAAAAAUUAACCUUGGUACUGGUGACUGGUCGAUUGUGGCAGGUGCCGAUUUGAAGAAAGAAGCCAGAUUCUUGGCGGGUAAACUUGGUAUUCAACUGGAACAUUUCAGUGCGUUUCGAAAGUUGGAGCUAAAGCUGGGUGAAGUUAAAAUCGGUGGUGUAAGAUCCGAUCGCAAAGAAGCCUACAGUUUACAGGUUGACUCCAGUAAGCACUGCAUCUCAAUCAUUGGUAAUUCUCCAACAGGAGUCUUUUAUGGAAUCCAGUCCCUGCUUAGUCUAAAUGAACCAGAUGGCCUAGUACCUAACGUGAUUAUAAACGAUGCACCACGGUACGAGUAUCGUGGUAUGGAACUUGACGUUGGGCGAAACUUUAUGCCUAAGAGCGAGGUUCUAAAGAUGAUCGACGCCAUGGCGAUGUAUAAACUAAAUAAAUUCCACUUCCAUCUCACUGACGAUGAAGGAUGGAGACUUGAAAUUCCGGGAUUGCCUGAACUUACUGAGGUUGGAUCAAGACGGUGCCAUGACCUCCAAGAAGAAAAAUGUCUUGGAUCUCAGCUCGGCUCUGGUCCAGGAACUGGUAACUCCGGUACUGGCUUUUAUUCGGUGAACGACUACCGCGAGAUAUUGAAAUAUGCAGAAGAGAGGCACGUGGAGGUCAUCCCAGAAUUUGAUAUGCCUGGUCACGGCCAUGCCGCAAUCAAGGCCAUGCAGGCAAGACAGAGGAAACAGGCCGCCAUGGGGAACUCGUUUAAAGCAGAUCAGUACUUAUUGUCAGAUCCUUUGGACGCAUCAAAGUACCUUUCUGUGCAGUUCUUUACAGACAAUGCUAUUAAUCCAUGCCUAGAAUCCACGUACGAGUUUGUUGAGCACAUUGUGGUCAGCGUGAAGUACAUGCAUCAGGACAUACAGCCACUUAAGGUCUUCCACUUUGGCGGCGACGAGGUGGCACACGGUGCUUGGACACAGUCUCCCGCAUGCAAACAGCUAGCGCGUAGACUGGGAUUGGACUUUACAAGUCCUACCAUCGUUAAGGACUUGAAAGAGUACUUCGUUCGCCGAGUGGCUGAUGUGAGCUCGAAAUAUUGUCUAGAUCUUGGUGCUUGGGAAGAUGGAGUUCUUGGAGUGAAAGACAUCCCUUAUGACCGGAGCUACCUGAAGAACAGCAACGUGUACGCCUAUGCCUGGGAUAACGUGUGGGAAUGGGGUCAAGGGGAUCGAGCAUAUAAAUUAGCCAAUACUGAUUACAAGGUUGUGUUGACUCAAGCAACCCACUUGUAUUUUGAUCACCCAUACGAGCCCGAUCCAGAGGAACGAGGAUACUACUGGGCUCCGAGAUUCAUCGACACUCGAAAGACUUUUGGUUUUAUGCCUGAUGAUGUCUAUGCUAAUGCUGAUUUCACAAGGAUGGGAGAUCCAAUUAUUAACUUGUGUGAGGAGAUGUAUAAGGGGAAAUGCGUUCCCUUGAAGAAACCACAGAAUAUAGCAGUCUCAGGAUUGAUUCUUGUCAGAGUUGAAAAAAGUGAAUGUGUGAUUAAAAUCAUUUGCCAGGCAAUGGAUCAAGUGUAUCUAGAAGACAUGGCGUCCUGUCUAGAUAUCCAAUUCGACGUCAUCUCCAACAUGGAAGGAGUAUGUAACAUUCGUUUAAAAUUUACUAAUAAAGGUCGGCAUAACAUCACUUCUGGAAAGUGGGCGAUAUACUUCAGCUGUCUUAGAAUGCUUAGCAACAGCCCAGAUCCUCUUGUUAAAAGCCGAAAGGAGAUUUCUGUCUCACACGUCAAUGGGUAUCUACAAGUCAUAAAACCUACUGAGAACUUUUUGGACUUAGUCCCUGAUGGAAAAACUGAGCUUGAUCUCAUCGCAUAUGGUUCGAUUGUUUCCAAGACAGACAUCAUGCCUAACUGGUACAUUACUGCACCUGGCUUAAAGCCAAGAAUUAUCAAAAGCACCGAGGGAGAAAGUUUAAAAUUUGUUGGUCCUUUUGAUUCAGCAUCCAAGUGGAAACGUUCUAAACAAGAUAACUUUAAUCCCUUAACUCCAGAGAAACGCUUCGAGAUGAACAACGUAGUUGAUCUGAAAGGGCCUGGUAAGCUUAUCAUUCCGACUCCUCUUGUUUUGAAGAAUGAAAGUUCACUCAAAAGGAUAGAUUUAAAAGACGGAAAAUGGAUGAUAGUUUCACGAAAAGAUUUGGAAGAUGAAGGUCAAUAUUUGUCAGAAAAGCUCAAGAUGCAACUUAGCAAUGGUGGGGCACCAUCACGUAAAAUCAUUGAGCUCAGGAUUGGCAAGGUAACGAUCGAUGCUGAGCACAAAAAAAGAGAUAGCGAUGAAUCUUACACGAUGAAGGUCGACCCUCAGAAAGAAGUAGUCUCAAUCGUUGGUGCAUCUCCUGCAGGAGUAUUCUGGGCGAUUCAGUCGCUGUUGAGUAUCAUAAAGAACGGAAAGAUACCCUGGGUCACAGUUAUGGAUUCUCCAAGAUAUCAGUAUCGAGGUUUGAGCAUUGAUGUUGCUCGAAAUUUUCUUCCUAAGAAAGAAGUGAAGCGGAUCCUCGAGGGAAUGGCAAUGUUCAAGCUGAACAAGCUUCACCUUCAUCUGACCGAUGACGAAGGUUGGCGUCUGGAGAUUCCUGGAUUACCUGAACUUACAGAGGUUGCGUCGCAGAGAUGUCAUGAUCUGAGAGAAACUCAUUGCCUUAAACCUCAACUAGGAUCGGGUCCCUUCAGAAACAGUUCUGGAAGCGGUCAUUAUACUGUAAAAGAUUAUAAAGAGAUCUUGAAAUACGCCAAUGCUCGGCAUAUUCAAAUCAUUCCCGAAUUUGACCUUCCGGGCCAUUCCACUGCCGCCAUCACUGCUAUGGAAGCUCGAUUCAAAAAAUAUGUAAAUGUGGGCAAACUUAAAGAGGGGCUGAGGUUCUACUUGAACGAUCUGAAGGAUAGAUCUAAUUAUCAAUCAGGGCAGUUCUUUUUCAACAAUGCUGUAAAUCCAUGUCUAACGACAACGUAUGAUUUUAUCGAAAAGUUGGUUCUCGAGGUAAGAGCCAUGCACGAAGGGGUUCAACCACUCAAGGUUAUCCAUCUUGGAGGAGACGAGGUUUCAAUGGGAGCAUGGAAUCUUUCUUCGGCCUGCCAUAGGCUGUGGGAGAAGUUUAAGUCGACGUCUACCCGGGAGAAGUUUAAGUCGACGUCAAUCCAUCCGGAUUGGAGAGCAUUUUUUACAAAACGGGUCGCUCGAAUCGCUAAGAAAUACGGUGUCAAACUCAUGCUGUGGGACGAUGGAUGGCUAGAUCGUUCAAAAAGUCACAUAGUGAAAACGAAAUUGGAUAGUGGCUCAAGUUAUGGACAUGCCUGGGGAGACGCUGUAAAUCUUAGUUACAGAUUAGCCAAUGAAGGGUACAAGGUGAUAAUGUCCCCAGCGUCUCAUCUUUAUUUUGAUCACGCACACGAACCAGACCCGGAAGAAAGAGGAUUAUACUGGGCCACACGUUACACAAACACUCAGAAAGCAUAUGGCUUUAUGCCCGAACACUUGUAUGACAGUUUUGAAAUAAACGACAAUGGAGAACCAAUCAACGAUUACUGUAGCGUAUUUGGAGGUUGUGUAAGACCGCAAAAACUUGAAAAUAUUAUCGGAUUAGCUGGGGUCAUUUGGUCAGAGACAAUACGUACCCCCUCUCAGUUUCAAUCCAUGACGUUUCCAAGACUUCUCGCUGUCGCCGAGAGAGCAUGGCAUCAAGACCUGUGGGAAAAUGAAAGAAACAAAGAAAAACGAAGUAAAAUGAAGAAUGAAAGCUGGGCUAUGUUUUCAAACACUCUUGGCUAUAAAGAGCUUGCUCGUUUGGAUAAACUGGGUAUUGCUUAUCAUAUUCCUCCUCCGGGGGCCAGGAUCGACAAUGGUGUUCUCUCUACCAAUGUGGCUUUUCCCGGUCUCGCUGUUGAAUGUAGCUUUGACUGCGGGGGACGUUGGAUCGACCCUUCCAAGGCAGCUGCUGUAAGUGGUACACUGCUUCUCCGAACCAGAUCUGCUGACGGCAAACGAACUAGCAGAACUGUAGAGACCACAUUACCUAGAACUUAUUCCCAAAGCCAACCGCGAAAACUAGACAAACAUACACCACUCACAAAAAAUUGUUUGAAGGAGUCGAGAGCGUCAUAAAUUACCACGCAGGAGUUUUUAGGAAAUAUUUCUCAUUUUGCAAUUAACCAGCUCUAUUUUUUUAUCAAGGCUCCUGAGCGAGAGUAAUAUCACAUGGAAAAUACAGUUUAGGUUUGUAUAAGCAAUAAAA